AUGGCAGAACGGAGGAGCCGUACCUUCAGUUCGUCCGAGGAAUGGCAGCAAGCUCUGCAAGCGUUAAAUUCACCGCCACAAUCCAGGUCAGCUAUCUACAGACCAGAGCAGGUGUUCCACCAUUCAGAACGCUACUCAUUGGGUCAUGCAGUGAAGGAUAUGGCGCGUGCUUUCCGGGAGCGUCACAUGGAAACCUCGCUAAAGAAGUUGCGAGCGUCGCCUGCUCUCAUUUUUCUCAAAGUUUGGCACACCUACGGCAUUUGGGUUGGUGCUUGUGUAUAUUUUACAAUUUCGGCGAACUUGAUGCUAGCCUGGUACAUCGACUGGUAUCGAACCACCGGCACGUACCGCACCGAGUCCCGUGGUGCUUCGUUCAUCUUUCACUUUGAUUUGGCGCCUUUCUUUGCAAUAUUUUGUCGAUCUUGGCUCCUGGUGCGCGUAGUCGGAGACUUGCUCCGCUUUUGCUACCUGUUGGCCAAAGAUGCAUGGGAGGAAGAUGCGUUCGUAACGUACAGACGAGUUGUGUGUGGUGAUUUCCAGCGAGAUCUCCGAGACGAGAUGGAGAGGAAGCCUGAUCGUUCCAGCCAAUGGUCUGUCGAGAUGUUGAGUUCCCCAGGCUGCCGCGCUUUGGAUGUUUUUCUCCAGAUCUCAAUCUACCUCGCCUUGGAUGUUGUUCCUGUGGCUUGCUUUCUGAUUUCCUAUAUUGAAGAACAAAGCUUUGCGAACGCAACGGUGGCAGCAUCUGCCGGCCUCUCUGGCGGAAGCUGUAUCCACGUGUUCGUCUUCUUUCUCGCCAUGUGGGUCACUGACGUGGUUGCCAAACGUCGUGGCUUCAUGGCGGCAUAUCGUGGUGAAGCUCGCCUGGCUCCUUGCGAGUAUCCAGGAGAGUCACUUCAAAACUUUCAAUGGGCCGGCGAGUUCGGAGACAGGCACCUGGCGAACUUGGAAGCUGCACGCUGCGUGUCCUUCGUUGAGGACUCCUUGGAUGGGCCCCCAGAUCGCUGCCUCUCGCCACGCAGCAGCGGCGGAGGGGGUGUGUCACUGGGGGACCGAUCCGAUCAAAGUGCACCAUCCAGUGUCGUGACAUCAGAUGUUGCGAGAAGGCCGGGUGGAUCGGUACAUUUAGCUUCUGCAGGUGCUCUUGAUGUGCAGGAAUCCAGCUCCAGCGCGUUGCCACCCAGGUUGGACAUGCUUGCUCGCCCCCAACGCAGCGAGACCGCCGGGUCCACCGACAGAGUUGCCGUCGCGGACCAGCUUAAUCUCUGUAUUCCGAUGUGCGUAUGCUUCAGCGGAACUUUGGCAGCUAUCAGUACUGUGCAGCAGGCAUCAGCAUUCGCAGGCUAUAGCCGGCUUGAGUCGCGACAAACAGGUAAGAGCAACCCACGCCUGCACAACGUGGUGAUCCGGAACGAGCCCUACUACCCGAUUAAGGGCGAGACCUAUUACCAGAUGACGCUGCAGCUCGGCAAAGUUCCGGAUGAGAUCGUCGGCCCGCUUGUCGCUGGGACAUAUGAUGUGGGCGAUGGUGCCUUGGUUCGCCUGAGCACCGAUCAGGUAGUGGACCCUCGAACGCGUGAUAGCUUCGAGUGGAGGCACCAGGAUGACUUGCGACUUCAGGUGCACGGAGACCUUUGCCGACUCAACGAUAUCAGGUGUUUGAAAAUCUCCGCGGACUAUGACCCGUGGCUUGACGAGUCGUUGUGGACCGCCCAGUUCUCCAACAGACACCGUCGCAUCCACAGCGCAGACAACAUGUACCACAAGCGUGAGGAGUACCAGUCCGAUAGUUACCCGGACGCGACCGAAGGAGCAAAGGUCGUACAGCUCGACAGGCGCUACAGUCGCGUCAAGGACGAGUUCUGCGCUACACGAAGUCAGGUCUCCUUCGUGCGCUCCUUGGGCAUUCAUUUCGACGGCUACCCGAACUUGAACGAGACGCACUUCGAGCCUCAGAGCAGUCUGCAGCGUGUCGAACUUCCCCUCGAGGAACACCGGGACAUCGCCUUGGCCAUGGUCACGGACAUGGGCGCCAACGCGGCGCAUCAGAGGAGUAUCCUGCCCUUUGCCUUCCGCAUCUGCUCUGGGCCAUGGCCACGGGUGGUGCCGGAGCGAAGCGUCGACUCUUUCAGCAGCCUUGUAAAGGUUGCCGUUAUGAUCGUGGGUUGGCAGGAGAGAAAUUGGGCGCUGGUUGGGGCCGGGGUUGCUCUGAUGGUCGGGACGGUUUGCCGUCGGCAGUGCACAUCAGGUGGCCCACCAACCGGAGAGCGACCUUGCUUUCCUGGCGCAGGGUCGUGGGAGCUUUGGGCCUUGCAGGCGUGGGGUGAGCGGUAUUGCGGACUUCAUUCUGAAGUGCAGCAGUCGAGCAACGUAACUUUCGCAGUCGUGCUCCUUCUUCAGGGCAUCCUGCUGGCCACCCUGGGUCAAUGGGCAGGCAUGCUGGUCUGCAUCGGAAUGGUGCUCGUGACCUUUCUGCGGCAUCGGAUGGCCUACCGCGAGCGCCCUUGGGGUUGGCUGAUAGGGGCGUUCUCCGACUUUGCUCUUCAAACACCCUUGUGCAUCUCGACCGUGCUUUCUUGCAGCUUCUUGGCGAUGUCUGCGACAGUCACUUAUCCGUGCAUCUUGCGCAGCGUGACAGCGCCUGCUUUGAAGCAAACGGAGCCAGCGUGCACGAAACCUGAGUUGGCACACCAGGCCAGCACAGGUGUCGAGGCAGCAUCGCAUGACGAAGCUGCCAAGGGGUGGCAGAUCAACACCCCUUCGACGAUUUGCCCGACACCUCGCACACCGGCAUCCCCACCGCCUUUGGCAUUGCCAGCCUCAGCCGUGGACAUCCCAGCGUCAAGUUUGACUUCUGAGGAUGUGCGGCCAUUCUGGAUGGAAAUGGCAGAGGGCGAUGAAGGUGUCGCUCCUUUUGAUGAGCCCUUGACAGGGAGGCUUGGGCAUGCGCCGUCAUGUAUUGACUCCGGGACCGAGAAGGCUUUCAGUAGCCUUGGUCUUCCCGAUUGGGUCUUCGACAGCUGCCCUCAGCAAAGGGACGACUUCAGUCCAUCUCCAAGGUCCAUUCGUGACUCCUCCGUGGCCAGCUCGCCAAGUUCACCAGCACUCAGCUGCUUCGAAACGCCUCCUCCGCCUUCGAUGAGGCCCAGGUCGCCGCAACCCAAGGCUCAGGCGGCUCAGGCGGCUCAGGCUCAGGCUCCUGCCCACGGCCGCGGCCGCAUGUCCUGGGCUGAUUUGGCAGAGGAGGAAGAGGAGGAGGCUCUGCACAUGCCUGCAGCCGGCAGACAACCAGCCCGGGCCCGGGUAAGCUGGGCAGACUUGGAGGAGGACACUGUAGAGGUGUCGUGGCAGUGGAGAUAA